GCCAAAAACAUGGGUCCAACUCACGACAAUAACCUCAGGACUCCGACCUUAGCGCAGCCCCUCCCUUCCCCUUGAAUUAGUCAAUCAAUUCCAAUAAUUUCCCGUCCUCACUCAUUCACUCUCUCCAAUCUCCAUCUCUCUCCCUCUCUCUCCCCAAAAUCUGGUACACAAUUGAAUUGAAUAGAAUUGUAGAAUUAGUACAGAGAUGGGUGAUAAAAGAGCAAUUCCGACGCCGGUGAAGCGGGUAGGAAGAUGGAUUCGAAGCCGAUCGGUGCGAGAGCAAGUCACCAUGAGCGUCGUUGCAGCGCUAAUAUUGCUCGUUAUAUUGAAAUUUUCCGUCAAAGGCCAAAACAACAUGUUUAUUUUUACUCAAAUUGCUCAUUCUGCUGGAAUCUUGGUCUUAACUUACAAGCUCUCCGUCACCAAAACUUGUUCUGGUCUAUCAUUGAAGACCCAGGAGCUAACGGCUAUAUACUUAAUCAUGAGAAUCGUAGCUUAUUUUGGAUUCUUACGUGAUUUACAUGUUGUACUUGACUCAAUUACCCUUAUAUGUACUCUAUGGGUGAUCUAUAUGGUACGAUUUAAGUUAAAGGACACCUACAUGCAAGAGCUUGAUAACAUGCCUUUGUAUUACGUGUUGGUGCCUUGUGCCAUUGUUGCGGUAAUCGGCCAUCCUGGAUAUCAACUUCACAUUUUCACAAGAUUCUUGUUUGUGUAUCUUAUGGCAAUUGAAGCUGUUUCAGUGCUCCCUCAACUUCGUUUAAUACAAAAUGCUAAGAUUGUUGAACCAUUUACUGCUCAUUAUGUCUUUGCCUUGGGUGUUGCAAGAUUCCUCUCAUGCGCAAAUUGGAUAUUUAUGCUUAUUGACAGCAAGGGAGAAAUCCUAACGCAAAUAGGGAACGGACAUCUUUAUUUACUGGUGGCUCUUCUUUCUGAGGUGGUUCAUACUUUCAUCUUGGCAGACUUCUGUUACUACUACGUCAAGAGUGUAAUGGAGGGACAACGCAUGAUGAGGCUUCCUUCGCUAGUCUGAAAUCAAGAUAUGCUGGGAGCUGCAGCAAUAAACUCUUCGUGGAGAUGCAUAAGAUUCAACCCCCACUCCCUCGGAAGAAAUCGAAUAAAAAUGUACUCCAUAUAAGUAAAAUAGAAUAAGACUGUGUUUCACAUGUUCUCUGUAUAUGUGACAUUGUCAGUCUCAGAUCUGUAUAGUAGGACUUCAGGAUUGACUUCCUCAGCCAACGCGAACAAGGAAGUCAUCAUCCACAAUCUGGUAAAUUUACAGAUAUUAGCAUGUAAAAAUUAUGAUUCUAUAUGGAAAUGAUACAGCCCCCAGUUAUGAUUUUGGUACUGCA